CGAGAGUCCAUAACAUUUACCGAACUGGCGCGAACACGCAAUAGGCAGUAUGCAUCAUCGAGCACGAAAGGCGCCUAAGUCACUUUGCAAGGGCGGUUUGUAACUCGUAAGCAAACCAGAGCACCUCACUUGAAGGGUUGAUCUUGAAGCACAGUUUCAGAACGAUACGCGCGAGAGGGAAUGAUCUCAAAGCAAAGAUUUGGAGAAUUAUCCUAAAAUUUAGGGUUUUGUAGCAUUUAGGGUUUGGAGGAAGCUUUCUGCAAAUUAGGGUUUGGAGGAACCUAGGAGAAGCCAGUUUCUUUUUACACUGUAACUGAGCAGUGAUGGCUGUUCGAUUCAAAUUCAGGAGCUCUCUCAGUUACGACUCUGUUCAAAUUGAUGGUCCCUGUAUCACUGUUCGUGAUCUUAGGGUCAAUAUCAUUGAACAGAAGAACCUUAAACUUUGCCAGGAUUUUGAACUGGAAAUUUCUGAUGCAAUAACGGGCAAAGCUUAUGAGGAUGAUGAUACUCCGGUUCUGGAGGGUUCAAGUGUGAUAAUAAAGAGAGUGCCUACUGGAAAAUCAAAUCCUGUCGUUCUGCCCUGUAUUGACACUGUCGAGAAUCAAGUGAUUGAACGUUUUAAUUUUGAUGCUAGUCCUGGAUCUCCAUCUUUUGCUAACAUGGAUGCGGAUAACUUUGACGACUUUGGUGUGGAUUUGUAUUCUGCUCCAGUACCAUCCCUGUUGGAAACUGACUCAGAUGAAGUUGAGCGGAACAGUACAACCAAGAGGAAUGCAGCCAAUGAAGUUCAAAGAUUAUCGGGAUCUGUUUCAAAACAUGAGAACAUUGAAUCAAAUGAUCCUGCUGAAACUGUUUCAAAAGGGCUCCUUGAAAGGCACGGUGAACCAGCUUGUGGGUUUGGAGGGGAGGCACCGGCUAGCAGUCAGAAAGCUCAUUCGAAAGAACCCUUGAAAACUGACAAGGUGGAAGUCUUGAAGGAUGCAGGGUCUAGUUUGCCUACAAUGCCAAAUGCAGAGUUGCCAUCAGAACUUAGAUGCACACUUUGCAAUGCAAUUUUUAAAGGCGCUGUGAUGAUACCGUGUUGUCAACAUAGCUUUUGUGACAAAUGUAUUCGUUCUGUACUCAUUGAGAAGGCUAAGUGUCCCCAGUGUUCUGCUACCAAAUGCAAGGUUGAUGAUUUGCUUCCAAAUCUUUCUCUCAGACAAGCAAUUGAACAUUUUCUUGAGUCUCAAGGACUGAUCAGUGGUUCUGACACUGCUCUUCCUAAAUAUGCACCAGAUGGAGAAUCUGGAAUUCAAGCUAAGGAGGUGUCACAUGUUGUCUCCACACUUCGAAGGGAGCAACAUGUACCUCAUUCUUCUUCGGCAACAGGGAAAGGAUCCAAUCAAAUUACUACAGAGUUUGCAAGCGAUAUCAAAGUUAGAAACACUGGAGUUGGUGCUGGUUUCGCUCCCCAUGUGCAUGUGGAUGUUGGCCAUUCCGCCCCAUCUUCUUCGCAAAUGGUGACAAAACUGGUGACAAAACUGAAGGAAAAUGAAGAUAGAAAUGGUGCUGCUUGUCCUCCACAUGUCAAAAGUACAUCAGAAGGCCGGAAUUCUGCUGUUGAUUAUGAAGAUUCUAGUAAGCCCUCCAAGUUGCCUCAAUCACCCUCACAUAAAGAAGAAGCCUCCUCUACGGGCAAGAGAAAGAAGAAAGGAUGGCUGGGUGCUAUAGAUGGUGGUAAAAGUUUCUUGGCUUCAACUAAAAGCAAAAAGGGAGACCGUAACUGUUACAUGUGCGGUUCACCAGAUCAUCUGGUAAGAGACUGCCCAGCUGCUUCUGCCCCAUAUCCUAUGCUUCAAACUGGAGAUGCUAUGUUUCCAAAUGGUUUUAGUGCCUAUGGACAUUCAACUUACUGGCCUGGUGCUGCAAUACCUCAUGUUAGGCCCUUCACAAGCCUCUAUGGUGCACCUGGUGCAAUGCCUUUUGAUCCCAGCAUGGUUCCAGUUUCACCAUAUGCUAUUCCUCCUUACAUGCCUUCAAUUUAUACAGGCAUGCCAGUUCCUUGUGGAUUCAUGAGGAUGGGCAGUUUGAUGCCACCUAUGGUGGCUGGAGCUGAUCGGCCCCUUAGUCGUGUUGAAUUUAUGGAGCUUCAGGGAAGCGAACGAAGGCGUAAACUUUGGAAUGAGCAACCGCAGAGUAGAGAAUUACAUGCACAAGAUGAUGCUGUUGAAUCGUCUGAAAGGCGCUAUUCUGAUGCCCCAAGGAAAUCUCAGGACCGAAAGCCUCAUGAUGUGGAUAGGGACUCAGUGAGGAACUACUCCGAAGAAAGUGACAUCCAAAGGCCAAUAAGUAAAAACCAUCGAGAGAAAUAUUUUUCAUCAGAUGAUGAUGGCAUCUUCUCACCAUACAAAAGGCCAGAAAAAUCCCGUGGCAAUGGGAAAGAGCACCGGUCAUAUCGUGGCAGCCAUUCAGAGAAAUCAAACUCUGAAAAAUCUCUCUCUAGGCGCAGUAGAGAGAAACAUAAGCACCACAAGAAGGGUUCUUCCAAGAAGCAUAGAGAGAAAGAGGAUUACUUAAAGAGCAGCAAUCACCGAAGGGAUACAUCAGAUGAUAGGAGAAGGGAUGUGUCAGAUUCUGAGAGGCAUUACCGCAAAAGUGGGGGGCAUUCUUCAAAGGUAGAGGCUGAACCCAGCUUUUCGGGUGACCGGAAAAGGCGUUGGAGAGUGGAAUAUGAAGUUCUGAACGAGGAAGUAGCAUUUCAAAGUUCAAGGCACUCCAAGCACAAGGUAAAAGACGAAGAGAACCCCUCUGAAUUUGACAGGUGGGAGAUGGUUGAUGGGUCAGAUGAUGAGAGACAGGGCUAUUAUUACCAUAAGAGGAAGCGGGGCCACUAAGACAAGUUAAUAAUUCUUAAUUGGUUGGUUCUCAUUAUCAUUUCUAGAGGGUUGCAGCUGGGCAAAGUGGGUGGGGGCCACAGGACACUGAAUAUUUUGCUGCUACGAAGAUUAUCACUGAGGUAAUUGUACAGGAUUGAACUGAUGCUACUGAGCGAUUCUUUCUUGCUGGUAUUGUUUUCUCUUAUUAUAGUGAUAAUUUGUGGUAAUUUGUAAAGGAAUCUGAUUAGAGUGUAUAGAUAGUUUGUAGAGAACUUGAGUAGCCUAGUGAUAAUUUCUAGUGGAAUUGGUUUAGAAUAAGGGUAAUCUAUUUGUGUUAUCAUAAUGGUAACUGCUAGAGAAAUUGAUGAGAAUUUGCCUUCUUUGUUUGUUAUUAAUUGUCCCAAGAAGUUGAAAGAUUGGUGACUCUAAAUAUUGAUGGCUGUAAGAUUUGGUGGCAGUUUGAAGAAGGCUAGCAAGAGACCUGGGAAUGAGAUUGGUCCCAUAUAUGUUGGGGCUUGGCGCUAAUGUGAUUUAGUUGUGGUUUUUCUGAUACAGAGUCAUAUACAGGUGAGAAGGUCGUCCAUGCAGUUUGAUAUCCACAGUUAUUUUGGUUACUCUAUGCUGGUUCUAAUCAACAACAACGUGAUUUAAUUAAGAAGUGAAGGAGUCAAAAAUCAAAGCAAAAAUUAGGGUUUUUGAUUUUCCUUUCUCUGGCCAACUUCAAUCAUUAGCAGAGCAUUUAUUAAAGCUGGCAAAGGUAUGGUUUGUACUUUUAUCUCAUACUUGUUUCUAUAUCCACAGUAUGUAUAGCUACCUAUACACACACGGCCACAUUGCAAAAUCCUACGAGACUUUUUGGAAACCUUAUUUCCUCAUUUUCUAAAGAAAUUGUCUGCAUAUGGCUCUAUGCUUCAGCCAGCUAGUUUUUUUUUCUUCUUUUUCUUUUUUAUUUGUUAGGAAAAGAUAGAAACAUCCUACUUUUUGUAUAUACUCAGUACAAACACACACCUCCCAUAUUUUUUUUGUACCAUGUGGUAUUAAUCUGAUCAUGAAUUGCUGCUCAGUUUCCAUACUACUGAAUACAUUUUAACCUGAAAUGUGCCUGCCCUUUAUUGCAAAUCCCUUCCUGGAUAGGGGUGUUUUUGUCAUUUGCCCAGGUAAAUGAUGGAAAUAGAGCAUUGGAUGUUUUUGUCAUUUGCCCAGGUAAAUGAUGGAAAUAGAGCAUUGGACAAUGACAGAAGUAGAGCAUCCAGGGUUGACAUAUCAUUCAUAAGAUAGCACGAGGUGCAUAAAUAGAUGUUACCUGUUUCUCAGUUGAAUGUCUGCCCUAGAAGCUUUAUUUCUGUAAUUUGCCCUAAUAGUGGUUCCAUUUUUGUUAUUGCCCUUGGUAAAUAUUGUGAAGUAGCCCCGUGCCAGAUGUAGAUUUCAAUACGAGGUCGGAGCUAUUUGUGUCCGAAGGUUAUUUUCCUUUGGGAGAACUUACUUCACCCUUUGAGAGGGUCUGCUGCUUUCUCCUGUCAACUUAGUUCACCCUCCAUAGAGAAUACUUACCUCUCUCUCUCAUGCACGCGUCCACAUGGGCAAGCAUGUGUAUAGGUGCACAGCAACCCACAAAUUAUUUAUUGGUUUUUGGAAACAUGUUUGUGCGAUAACUUAUUUCUGAGUAUUUGUUAUGUUCAAUUCUUUUAA